AUGGCCAAACGGAAUCGCAAUACGGAAUCCAAUCCAGAACUCUCUUCUCGACCAACGAAAAGGUCUAAGGAGGAUGCUAAGCCCAAAACACCUUCCUACAUCCAAUCUCCCGAUCUGGAUGCGGUCUCGCAAUCCGAGAUUGAUGACUUCUUGAAAUCCCACGCAAUCCAGAUUUUGGAUCCCUUGACCAAAGCGACUUUGCGUCCUAUUACUGAGUUUUCGUACCUGCCUUCAGAUUCCAAGGAACUUUAUGGCCCUCUAGAGAAUUUUUCGAAGCCGACCUCAAUCCAAUCCGUUUCUUGGCCAUUCUUAUUCGCAGGCAGAGAUGUCAUCGGUGUCGCUGAGACUGGAAGCGGAAAAACAUUAGCCUUUGGCGUCCCGUGUAUUCGAAAAGUGCUGGAAAUCAACGGUUCUCGUUCAUCAUCUCGAAUUUCCGCUGUGAUCAUAACUCCUACAAGGGAGCUGGCUACGCAAAUUUACGACCAGUUAAUCAAGUUCACUCCAAACAACGUUGGCAUCGCAUGCAUAUACGGAGGCGCCUCGAAAGAUGACCAGCGCCGUGCUCUGAAAAAGGCGUCUGUGGUUGUCGCAACAACGGGAAGGCUAAAGGAUUUCCAAGGCGACGAGUCCUUGCGCUUGGAUAAGGUGAAAUAUCUUGUCUUAGAUGAAGCUGAUAGGAUGUUGGAUAAAGGAUUUGAACAGGAUAUCAAGGAUAUCGUGGACGCUAUGCCUUCAUCAAAAAAACGCCAGACUGUCAUGUUCACUGCAACUUGGCCCAUAUCCGUACGGAAACUCGCCGCCACCUUUAUGAAGGACCACGUGACGAUUACUAUAGGAGAUCUUUCCUCCGAUAUCCGUGCCAACACAAGGAUCAAGCAGAUCGUGGAAGUUUUAAAACCAGAAGACAAGGAACAUCGGCUUUUGUCGUUACUAAACCAAUAUCAGAGGGGAAAGAAUGCCAUGGAUAAGGUUUUGGUGUUUUGUCUUUACAAAAAGGAGGCAACGCGUAUUGAGCGCUUAAUUCGCUCCAAGGGUUUCAAAGUGGCCGGUAUUCAUGGUGACAUGAACCAGACCGAACGUUUCAAGAGUUUAGAUGCAUUCAAAUCCGGUGCCGUACCGCUUCUGGUUGCUACCGAUGUUGCCGCCCGUGGCCUUGACAUUCCCGCCGUCAGGCUGGUCCUAAAUGUUACAUUUCCCUUGACGGUUGAGGACUACGUUCAUCGGAUUGGAAGAACGGGUCGUGCGGGUGCGGACGGGUUGGCGAUUACGAUGUUCACGGAAAAUGACAAAGCACUAUCUGGCGGAUUGGUAAAUAUCCUGAAGAGAGCUAAACAGGAGGUUCCAGAGGCGCUCUUAAAAUUUGGUACCACAGUGAAAAAGAAGCAACACGAUUCUUAUGGCGCCUUCUUCAGGGAGGCUAAUACUAUGAAGACGGCUACCAAAAUAAAGUUUGAUGACUAG